AUGGUGGAGUUAAAUUGGAACAACAUCCCAAAGGACCUGUGUCCGGUUUGCAAGACCGACAAGUACCUUUCGCCCUCCCUACAGUUCAAGAUCAACCCGGAAUGCUAUCACAAGAUUUGCGAUUCGUGCGUGGACCGAAUAUUCUCAUUGGGUCCUUCUCCUUGUCCGUAUCCGAACUGUGGCAAAAUCUUGAGGAAGAACCGAUUCAAGACCCAGAUCUUUGACGAUAUCGAGGUUGAGCGCGAGUGCGAUGUGCGAAAACGGGUUAUGGCCGUUUACAACAAGACCGAGGACGAUUUUGCCACGCUGGAUGAGUACAACGCUUAUCUUGAGCAGGUGGAGGACUACGUUUACAAGCUUGUGAAUAGAAUCGAUGUCGAGCAGACAGAACAGAAGUUGAAAGACUACCAGAUAGAGCACAAACACGACAUCGAGAUGAGCAACAACCAGCGGGACCAGGAGCACGCCAAGUUCGUCAAGCUCCAGAACCUGGAAAAGCGGUAUAGAACAGAGAAAAACAAGAUCAACAGAGAGAUCUUCAAAGAAGAGCAGAAUCUCAAGAACCUCAGUAAAACAGAGGUCAUCAAUCAAUUACAGACCGCAUCGGGAGAAAAGGAUGCCGACAAGAUCAUCGCGAACGUUAGAGACUCCAUGGUUUCCAAGACAGAUAUAUACAAGCAGCAGCUCGAGGAACUGGAGAAAAACUAUCAGGAGGAACGCGAGAUCAUCAUCAGCGGCAAGGACGAAAUCAAGGAGGAGGAGAAGCCAAAGAUGCCGUUCACGCCAUUCAACGGAGACAGAAUGCCUACUCCUCCGUACGAGUACGGCGACUACAAAGACCCGUUCCUAUCCAAGAUGGUGGACGAUAUCCAGUACCGCGCUGGUGGAUACAAGCUCGACGUUUACUUCCAGAAGUCUCUUGACGACGCAUUCACCGGACUGGAUUGCAUCAUUGAGGAGGAAAAGGACGUUGCUGAUCAGAUCAUGGUGUAA